AUGAUUCGAGUGUACUUGUUGUGCUGUGCAGUGGUACUCGCUAGGGCCCAGAUUCCAAGUCUUGGUUUCUGUCCCGAUUAUUUGCCCAUGUCGGAAUUUGACAUCGAGAGUUUUUUGGGAAAGUGGUAUGAAGCGGAGCGUUAUUUUCAAUUCACGGAAGUCACAUCGAGAUGUGUUGUUACCGACUAUGCUAAAGGACCUAGUGGAAAAAUUUACGUUUCCAACGAAGUUACAAGUCGAUUAACUGGAAUAAAACGAGUCAUAGAUGGCCAGCUAGAAUUAUCAGGAAGAUCUGGUGAAGGCAAAUUUAACAUUAGAUAUUCAACACCUUUAUCUUCUCAAGCACAACUCACAGUACUUGACACAGAUUAUGAUAACUAUGCUGUUAUAUGGAGUUGCAGUGGCUUUGGACCAAUUCACACACAAAGUGUAUGGGCAAUGACAAGAGAGCGGCUUCCAUCGGGGCCAGUCCUCCAAAAAAUCUACGGGGUUCUAGAUAAAUACAAGAUCAGCAGAAAUUUCUUCGUAAAAACAGACCAGGAAGGGUGCGCGUUAGCAGCUUCAGACAUCAAUGCAGCGAAUGGAAUAACAGUUAUUUCAACAGUAGCAGAAUCGAGUGGAAUACCACAACGAAAGUCGCCUAGUUCGAAUAAAAAGAAAGUAACAGAAAAAGGACAAUCGGUACAAUCAGUAAAGGUAUCUGAUAAUGACGUACACGAUGAUCCCAAUGUCCAAGCACUUAAAUCAAUAGAGAUUGAUUUAAAAGCUCCGGAAGAUAUUUUGCCUGAACCAUUUGCGUCUAAUGUUAAUAUACCUGAACCUGCCACUGCCGAAGAAGUUAUACCAGAAGCAUUUAUUCCCAAGGACAUAAUACCGGAACCUGUUACUGCUGAUGAGAUUUUACCUGAAGUUUUUGUUCCUAAAGCAAUUAUUCCUGAACCAGUUUUACCUGAAGUUGUUAUACCCGAUGAUCAACUUAAGCCUAUCCAAGUAGCUGAAGUUAUUAUACGAAAUAGUCCAAUUGAACCAGUUGAUAUAAAGCAUAACUUAUUAAAAGCACAACUAGUACCAGUUCUUCAACCAGUUGCCAUUAUUGCUUCUGAAGAUGGCCAAGUACCAGAGACAGUUGAAGUUAUCGGAGAAAGUAUCGCACCAGUUAAGAUGGAAAUUGACGAGAAAAAUCGUUUUAUUGGAUUCAAAGACUAA